ACAUCUUGCAGUUUGCUAGUAGUAUCAAAGUUCUACACAGACCGGCAUUAAUGAUGGUGCGACAAUUCACUGCCCCACCACGCGGCGUCUGUUGAGCAGAUGAUCUGUAUUCUCAAUUAUAUAUAUACCUGCAGACCAACCGCUUCAACUUGAAGUUAACAACGAUAUCGUCACUACUAGUACGGCUACCUUUCGCCACGUUGAACGCUGUGGCCUAGCAUUGCUAUUAUCCCGCAAUGGGGAAUUGCUGCUCUCAAAAAUCUGUGAAGGGAAAUGGCAGUCCCCAGCCCCCUCACCGAGUUGAUUUCAAAAUCAAGCCAGAUAACAUUCCCGUGACAGAAGUCACAAAACUUGAGUCGUUCCCCAGUGGUACAGGAGGGCUUGGUGAUGUCUGGAAGUGUUCUUGGUCUCGACCUCAGGUUGGAACAUUUAAGGUUGCAAUCAAAUCAGUUAGGGUUCCCCAAGCAGAUGAUACGGAACUGGUGAAUAGGACAAGCAAGAGGAUUCGUCGCGAGGCUUAUGUUUGGAUCACCCUAGAGCAUGAAAAUGUUCUUACUUUUGAUGGUGUUGUUGAUGGCUUUGGGCCACUCCCUGCCCUAGUUUCUCCGUGGAUGGAAAAUGGAUCGCUCGAUAGUUAUCUGAAAAGGGGACGUGUUCCUUCCAAGGCCGACAAACUGAGAAUGUUGAGACAGAUAGCGGCCGGCCUCAAGUAUUUACACGACAAAGGAGUGGUUCAUGGCGAUUUAACAUGUACCAAUGUUCUGAUCAGCGCCGAUGGGAAGCUCCAUCUUGCGGACUUCGGUCUUUCCGUAAUCCUUUCAGAAUCACAAAACUCUACCUUCAAUUCGUGCCACCAAGGAAAUGUGCGGUGGAUGGCACCUGAGAUGCUUGCUUUGCCUGAGCAAGGGGGAGUGGUCGUGCCAACCAAAGCUGCCGAUAUUUACUCAUAUGGUUGCAUCAUGCUUCAGCUGUUUUGUGGACGUGCACCUUAUAUCUGGCUAACGCAAGCGUACCACAUUAUUACUGCAAGAGUCUCAGGAACAGAACCCUUCCGUCAUUUCACUGACAUCGAGGAGGUACACAAGGAGUAUUCGUUGAAAUGCAUAUCUGUCAGAUCCGGAGAUCGACCAGUGGCUUCUGCGAUUGUAAAGUUCUUAGGAGCAGAGUAA